AUGAAGGGUCUGACGGGGUUAAUUGUUUCCGGCUCUACUGCGUUGAAGUUCUUCACUCGGGUGGAAUAUGGGGGCGAUAUGGACUGUUACUGCCAUCUCCCACAAGCUAUUGCAGUCGGCCUUUGGUUCUUAGCCCACGAUUUUUCGUUUAUGCCUCUUGGUAACCAACACGACGAUUUUGCUGCUGACUUCGUCCGCAUUUGCAAACUUUAUGAUGACGAAUCGCCACCUGCCGAUACCGUGGAAGGGGCGGACAUUGGCGAAUAUAGACUCAACAAUAUCGCGUCGGUGUGGAACUUUACACGCGGACGAUUAACAGUGCAGUUGAUGACGACUUUGUGUUCACCUUUAACGACUAUUUUUUCAUUCCAUUCCACUUGUGUAAUGAACAUUCUCACUCAUAGUGCCGCGUAUUGUUUAUUCCCGAAACUUACCCUCGAGCGCAAAGAGUCACUGCUCAUUGACCUUACAUUUCCAAUGACGGAAGUCCAAGCAAUGGCCGUGCAUAAGUAUUCUCGAAGGGGGUUUGAUAUUCUUCAAAAUGCACCCACGUCUUCGACUUGCAAUCCUAACUCGGCUUUGACUUUCUUACGGCCACGCUUCAUUGGCGAUCGGCACUCUUACAAGAUCACGUUUGAGAAAUUGGCUGGAAGUGCAAUCCACGAUGACUUUAUCGAGGCAAACAGCUGGGGCAUGGCUUACCUUAGGAGGUUGAACACCAUCACUACAGCCGACGUACCUAUCACCUCUGCGGUUCCAUAUAUUGCUUUUACCGGGGACGUUAUAGACAUUGAGCGACAUCUCCUAGCUGUACAGGGAUUAAUUGAACAGCAGGUAUUAAGGCGCGUAGUGAAUCUCUCCCCCUUUUCGGUGUUAAUUGAUUAUGAUUUAGUGAUGAAACAGCCCUAUGGACAAUUCAGACCUUAA